AUGACCGCCUCUCGCGUGCUCUUCGACGCCACCUUUGGCUCCCCCUUCGCCCAGCGGGUCCAGAUCGCCCUCAAGGAGAAGGGCCUGGAUUACAGCGUGCGCCAGGUCGAUCUGGCCAACAAAGAUGAUGAGUUCCUGGCGAUGUACCGUGCCAUCCUGCCAGACCCGGCAGCAUCGGCCAAGGUGCCCAUCCUGAGGGACGGCGACAUCGGCCUGGUGGAGAGCAGUGUCAUCGUGGAGUACCUGGAGCACAAGUACCCCGAGCCGCCGCUGCUGCCUGCCGACCCUGCGGCGGCCGCGGGCGUGCGCCUGUUUCUGGAUGCCUUCCAUCGCCAGUUCCCUGCUGCCUUCUUUGCACUGUUGGGCGCCGACACCCCUGCUGCUGUGGAGGCGGCGCGCCAGAAGCUGCAGACCGUGCUAGAGGCUCUGGACGGCCUGCUGCUUGCCCACGGCAGCAGCCAGGGCGGCGACUACUUUGCGGGCGGCCACUACACCCUGGCCGAGGUCGUGGCCACCACCCUGCUGCAGCGCGCCGUGCUGGUGCUGCCCGCACACCGUGGCAUCGACGUCUGGCAGCUCAUCCGCGACGCCAAGCUCGACAGGCUGGAGAGCUGGCUGCAGGCGGCGCUGGCGCGUCCUUCCGCCGCCGAGACGCAGCCCGACGCCAAGGCCGUGAUCGCCACGUUUGCCGCGUUUGUGGCGCCGCUCAAGCAGGAGGAGGAGGCCCCCGAAGCUGACAAGGCAGCCCCUGCAGCUGAGAAGCCCGGCCGCCUGGCCCGCCUGGCCAGUGUCAUGCCCGGCCGCAAGCAUGCCGCUCCCAGCGCAUGA